ACGUCUGUUUAAUGAGGACUUAUCAAUUUAGCCAGUUUUUGUCCAUUUAAAAAGGAAAAAGACGCAGUGCACGAGUAUAACAAGGUAAGAUGGCGUAGAAUAUUUACAAUAUUGCUGACAAGUUUAUCAGGAUUCUCCAAAUUAGGUGUAAUUGUCUAAUUUUUUGUGGCUGUGAAGCUGGUUCCUAUAGUGACCAGGCGGGUCUUUUGGAGGGCACAAUGGGCUCCUGUCCCAGAUUGGGGCCAUACAGAAACUACACUGAACAAUGACUACACAAAAGAUGUAUUGUCCUUCAUCCUCAAAACCAACUUUGGCUUAAAAACUGAGCUAAAUAAUAUAGGAUCUAGACUCUAGAUUAGCCUAUUGUUGCCUAUUUUGCAGGCACCUUAUUAAUAGGCUGUUGUUAAAUGGUUGAUUUGGCAUCUACAGUUGUAUAUUAGCCCUGUAGUCUAUCAUAGUGGUCUACUGUGGGUCUGUGGAGUGGACUGUGGCCCAGCUGUCGGGUCUCAUCAGUUGUGAGCAGAUGAUCUGUCCAUUGAACACACUGGACAAACAGAAGGGCUGUGGACGCUCUGCUGCACUUGGCCGCCGUGCAGGAGAAGAUACAGUAGACUAUCCAGGACCGCCUUGGACUUACAAACCAUCAUUUAGAAUUUGCGGUGUUUGAUGGUGGACCAUGGUGAAACAUCAGCGACGCAGAGCGCAUUCCUGUUACGCAGCUGUUGCGCCUUUUUGUUGCAGAAGGAGAACACAACGGACCCUGACCGAGCCCGCCAUCUUCGCCCAGGAGACCAGCUGUGAUUGCCGCGCCCCCCAUGAGAAGCUCACCAUCGCUCAGGCCCGCAGAGGCACCCCAGUUGACCGACCAGUCAGAGUCUAUGCAGAUGGCAUCUUUGACCUGUUCCACUCCGGCCACGCUCGCGCUCUCAUGCAGGCCAAGAACCUGUUCCCCAACACCUACCUCAUAGUGGGAGUGUGCAGUGAUGAACUGACCCAUAAAUACAAGGGAUUUACAGUCAUGACAGAGAUUGAGCGUUACGAAGCGCUGAGACACUGCCGCUAUGUCGAUGAAGUUUUAAGAGACGCACCGUGGACUCUCACACCCGACUUCCUUGAAAAACACAAGAUCGAUUUUGUGGCUCAUGAUGAUAUCCCAUACUCCUCAGCAGGAACUGAGGAUGUGUAUAAACACAUCAAGGAGGCAGGAAUGUUCGUUCCAACACAACGAACAGAGGGGAUCUCAACCUCUGACAUAAUUACCAGAAUUGUCCGAGACUAUGAUGUUUACGCCCGACGCAACCUCCAGCGUGGCUACACGGCCAAGGAGCUCAACGUCAGCUACAUCAACGAGAAGAAGUACAGGCUACAGAACCAAGUGGACCGUAUGAAGGAGAAGGUGCGCACUGUGGAGGAGAAGAGUAAACAUUUUGUUUACCGUGUGGAGGAGAAGAGUCACGACCUCAUUCAGAAGUGGGAAGAGAAAUCCAGGGAAUUCAUUGGCAACUUCUUAGAGCUUUUUGGACCAGAUGGGACCUGGAAACAGGUGUUUCAGGAGCGCAGUGGACGAAUGCUGUCUUACGCUCUGUCCCCCAGAGAGUCCCCCUGCAACAGUCCACCCCGUGAACUGUCCCCCCUGCGCUCCCCGUCUCCCCCGUCCCCGCCCACUCGCUGGCAUAAUGCACGGCCCUCGCCGCCGACUUCCCCCAAAGGAGCGUCUGCCUCCAUAAGUAGCAUGAGCGAAGGUGACGAAGAUGAGAAGUAGAUGAACUGUGGACUGCAGAUACACAAACUCACAGAUCGCUCACGGCGCACUGCCUCAGAGGCGGUCAAAAGAUGUGCGCAAACACACACACAUAUUCCUGCAAACACAGGCUCAAUACUGAAACGUUACCCUCAAGGAUGUUGCAAAUAUGCAAGGCAGACGAUGAUCGUGGGAAAUGUAGUUCUGUCCUGCUGAGCAAGGAAACCAGUGUGGUUUUCUGUGGUGUGGACAACAAAGCAGACAGGAGGAAAAGGACAGGAGGGAAUGAAGGCUCCUCUUCUGCAGCGUCAGUAUCCUUUAAUGCAGAAAGAGUUGCUUGCAGCAUCUUUUGAGAGGAUUUGCUUCGGACAGUCCAGUGCUGAGGGAGACUCCUCAUACAUCACCUCACUGUUUUUGUCCUGUUCUGUUCAGUUUAGCAUUUUCUUUUUAGAAUGUCAACACUUUCUUGUAUCAUGAUCAGUAGAUAUACAUUGGCACAAAUGUAUAGUAUCUGACAUUCAGCAGUUUAGCUUCACUGAUCACGUGAACAAACAGGAACAAGAGUAAGAACUUACUUACCCAAUUAAAUAGCAGAGAUGAAGAUGCUUUCAGCAGCAUCUGAGCACUUCAACACAUAACCAGUACUAGUGUGCACCAUCUUAGACUGUGACUUCAGUGAUCCACAAUCUUCUUACUCACGUUCCCACGUAGCUUGAGUGCUCAUUUUAAAGUUACAUCCAAACAAGAGAUUCAUGUAAAAUUCCUUGCAGCAAUAAUGAUUCUACAAUAUUCCCCAAAUGAAGAAAAAUGAGAACAAGUCAACUACCUAGAGUACUUGUGCAGUUAUAAAAUAUAAGCCUAGCACAUAAAAAAAGCUUGAAAUUGCAUCUAAUUUGUUUGAUGCCUGUUAGAUUGUCCCAAAACUUGACAAAAAUGAGAAUAAACAGCCUUCUUCUAAUAGCUUCUUGAAUGUAUAGUCUGAGUCAGCGUCUAGAGAGUAAAGAUAAUGAAUUAUACGUGUUUUAUUUGAAGCCACACGAGCAAGACCCUCCUUUUCUAGACAUUUUGUAGGCCUCACUGUAACCUAUUCAUAGAAACAUGUUUGCGUUCUCGUUCUAAAAAGCCAUGCAUUUUGACAGUUUCGAUGUUUACGAAUUUUUUUCUCCACAAACCUGGCAAAACCUGGAGAUGCAGCUCUUCUCCAGGAAUCUGAUGAUACUUGAAAUAAAUAAUACAAUAACUGAAGCGCUCCAGGAGAACCAUCAGGUCUGUAACAGCCGGGACGUCACUCUGUGGUUUUUUUUUUGUUUUUUUUUUACCCAUAUCAGGCCAUAUAACACCUUCCUCUUCCACUCCAAUCACAAUACAAAACCCUAAUGCAAUGUAGAAACCUCAACGCACUUAUAUGUUAAUCUGCACUAUAUGUAAACUUUGGGAAUGUGUGUCUUUUUUAUUUUUUCAAUUUUAAUGGUAAUGGCUUGAUAUGUAAAUAAAAAAAUGUAUAACUGAA